GGCCCCUGCCGCAGGGAUGGGCCGCCGAGGCGGCGGAGGCGGCGGCGGCGGCGGCCCGGAUAAGGCGUUCCAAGUCCCUUGUGGCUCUCUUGGGAGGAGAGUCAGGAGUGCUCUCCGCUCUUGCCGUAAGAACAUCCAGGUUUGACUUACACGCUGGCGCUCUGACACUGAGGAGCUGCACUUGGGCUCCAGGAGUUCCUCGUUUUCAUUGGAGUGGUUAGUUCUCUGUGGAUGGAGACGGAUUGGAGUCUUGAUUGCCCUGUGUUCGAGGUUUCUCCAUAGUCUGCACCGCUUCAUAAACUGGGCCACUUCCCAAUGAGCUACACAGCCAGUCCUUGUGAGGAGCUGGUUGAGAACCGUGCAGCACAUGCCGCAGGGAUGGCACAGGAAGAGAGCCGUCGGAGUCAGGCGCCACCCACCUUCUACCACGGUGCCAGCCAGGAGCUCGACCUGUCCACCAAAGUGUACAAACGAGAGUCUGGAAGCCCUUACUCUGUGCUAGUAGACACCAAGAUGAGCAAACCGCAUCUCCACGAGACGGAGGAACAGCCAUUUUUCAGGGAGACCAGGGCAGUGUCUGAGGUGCACACUGUCAAGGAAGACCGGGAGAAUUCUGACGACACGGAGGAGGAGGAGGAGGAGGAGGAAGUCUCUUACAAAAGGGAGCAGAUCAUAGUGGAGUGUGUUUCCUGUAACAAAUCCUUCAAGAAACUCUGGUCCCUUCAUGAACAUAUCAAGAUUGUCCAUGGAUAUGCAGAAAAAAAAUUUGCCUGUGAGAUUUGUGAAAAGAAGUUCUAUACCAUGGCUCACGUGCGGAAACACAUGGUCGCACACACAAAAGACAUGCCAUUUACAUGUGAAACCUGUGGAAAAUCUUUCAAGCGCAGUAUGUCACUCAAGGUGCACUCCUUGCAGCAUUCUGGAGAGAAACCCUUCAGAUGUGAGAACUGUGAUGAGAGGUUCCAGUACAAGUACCAGCUGCGCUCCCACAUGAGCAUCCACAUUGGGCACAAGCAGUUCAUGUGCCAGUGGUGUGGCAAGGACUUCAACAUGAAGCAGUACUUCGAUGAGCACAUGAAGACGCACACUGGAGAGAAACCUUUUAUCUGUGAAAUCUGCGGCAAAAACUUCACCAGCCGGCCCAACAUGAAGAGGCAUCGCAGAACUCACACAGGCGAGAAGCCUUACCCCUGUGACGUGUGUGGCCAGCGGUUCCGCUUCUCUAACAUGCUGAAGGCCCACAAGGAGAAGUGCUUCCGAGUGACCAGUCCAGUGAACGUACCGCCAGCUGUCCAGAUCCCUCUGACCUCGGCGCCGGCUGCUCCCGCUCCAGCUGUGCCCAACACUCCCACCAGCCCAGCCCCCGCAGUCAGUAUGAACCCCGUGGGCGGUGGCGGCACGCUUCCCUCAAGGCCCGUCCCGCACCCUUUCUCACACCUGCACAUCCACACGCAUCCGCAUCAUGCCCACCACCUCCCCAUUCCACCUGUGCCUCACCUGCCCCCACCCCCGGCCCUCUUCAAGAGUGAGCCCCUAAACCACAGAGGCCAGAGCGAGGACACCUUCCUGAGGCACCUGGCAGAGAAGAACAGCGCGGCCCAGGCCCAGCAUCAUUAGCGCCCACCCGAGUGUCACCCCCGCGGUGAGUUGGCAGAAGGGUGCAGCUGUGCCUCUCUGGGGUCUCCCUGUCUCCACGGCCUCCCGAAUUCCGGGCCUUGGCCUUUGUGCUGGUGAACCAUCAGACUGACCCGAGGGAGUGAACAAGAAGACUGCCCUCGUAACCAGGGGAACCACCGAACUAACGCUCAGUUUGCUUGCAUUUUCUGAUGACUUUUCUAAAUUUCAGAUACUCAGACUGUGGAAUUUUAUAAUUUCAUAUCAGCGGAUGAGGUAUGCUUGCUUUUAUAUCCUGGUCUUCUCCUCAAAGAGGGGACGGGCCUGGUUUCCUUUAUACUAAUCGGGGAGGCUGUGAGAUUAAUCCAGAGCAUUAACUGUAUCACUGUGUAUUGUAAUGAAUUCUUUUCAGCUUUUGGUGCUGACUGCAGUCGAGCUGGCCACGUUUCACACAAUAUCAAGCAUUAUAGAGAAGAUGGGAAUUUUCUUCUUUGUGUAGCUCUUUUAACACACUCUUUAUUUUACUACAGAAAUUAUUUUAGAGUUUUUGUAUAGACUUUAGUAGUCUGUUUCUAAAAUGAAAUGUAUUUCAAUAAGCUGUGUAAUUUUUUCAGUGUAGCUAAACCCAUGUUGUAAAAUAGAUAAAUUUUUUAUAAUCAUCAAAA